UGCAGGGGCACCUGACCCAUAAACCUCAUAGCAUCCUUCUCUUUCUCCAGGACCAAUGAAGCCUGCCGUGAUGGCGCUUUGCUUUAUAGGAACCUGUCUGGUAUUCUGCGGCUCAUCCUUUGGUGCACCAACAUCAGAAGAUAUAAAAACUAUACUUGAUCACUUAAAACUUGAGUCGAAGGAACUUUACGAAGAUUAUAGCAAAAAGGCACCAGGCAUCUUAGCAAACGAGUCACUACAGCUGCCAUGUUUCACCCUGGGCCGUGAAGCAUCGGCCAACAUCUCGGUCAUCAGAGCACAUCUGGAGAAGGUCAAAGUGUUGACCGAGAACAGAAUAGAUACUACCACUGUUAUAAAACGGCUCGACGACAUCAACUGUUUCAUCCCACUGAAGUUAAACAUUUCUGGGCCUAAAGAUACUAAAUUCUUUGAGUAUAAAACCUUCUCACUGACUGUUUUAAAACGGUUCUCAGACUGCAUGGCAAAGCUGGAGGCUAAGAACAGUGUAUGCUGA